CCUAAUGAGCCACUGCCACCAGAUGAGUAAUCUUUGACGUCAUUUGAAAAUGGUCGUCCUCCAAUAUUAAAAAACUCACGCAAAUUAAAAACCGUAUUUAUUGAUAUUUACAACAAAUUUAAACGAUUAUAUGAAUUUCGAAACAAUAUAGAGAUAUUUUUUUAAUGAUAUGAUAUAAAAAUGCCUGUGUUAUCACCACGUAGAAGUAGCGCCUCACCGCUUACGGGAACGUAUAGAUCGACUUCGUCCACAAUAGACCGACCAUUUUACAAUAGCACCUCCAACUCGUACGUGCCGCGCAUUAGCAGCUAUAGCGAACGAUACACCACACGAAGCUACAUCGAUUCGGAUGGGCGUAAAGUGAUAUCGAGACAAGGUAGCAUCACCGAGGAUGGGAUCACGACAAGAUUCAAGGAGGAGACGCGCGAAAGUUCCGUUAGACGCGAUUCAAUCUCGCGCGACUCCGGCAUAAGUUCCCUCCGCGACAGCUCACUGACCCGUACCGACCCGAGAGUGUCGGCGAUAAGCGUCGCCGAAUCCGUCGCGGAAAUGCGCAACAAGUACUCGCCUUCAAAUUAUGUGCCGGCGUGUCUACGAAACGUCGACAAUAUCUCACGAUCGAAAAGCAUAAACGAUAUAGGAAAGCCGCCGCUCGAACGCGAGAAGGCGACGAAGUACAAGGUAAAUGACGGCUUGAGUUACAGUAACGGCUUGGGUGUGACAAAUUCUAACAAUACUAACAGUCUGGAGAAGAUGUGCGACAACGUGCUCAGCCUGAACGAGGACGACAACGGCAAUCGGACGGCGUCCGUCGCCGAAAUACGCAAAAAGUUUGAUCAAAGCAAUCUGCACAAAACUUCAAAGAACGACCUUACGAUCGAAGGUAUCGGCGUGAAGAUAUCCGAAAAUCGCUUCAAGAAGCAGGACAGUCUCGACAAGCACAAGAUUAAAAACGGUUCGCCGAAGAUGGGCGACGAGAAGCGGCCGGCGAAAUUGUCCAAGUUGGAGGUGCACGAGCGGUCCGCCAUGGACGACAGCGCGGAUCUGUCAAACUUCGACAAGUGCUUGGCGGCCGAUCUCACGAAAGGCACAAAAUUAAAUCAGUUUACUAGCGAUACCGAAAACGGACACGAGAAUUCCGAUGUUCUAGUCGACGAUGGAUACCGAAAUUUUAAUCACACGAGUAAUUUCGCGUCGUACAUACCGUCGAUGAGCGUCAACCAGGGCAACGGGGACUUCGUCAAGGAUGAGAUUUCGAUAGAUGAAGGGAAUGAUAUGGAAAAUCGGAAUUUACGUAACGAAAAUAGUCGCUAUCACAAGGCAAAAGUUAAUUGUUUGCAAAUUUCUUUGAAUGCUCCUCUUUAUUUCAAGGAUCUGACAACAUCGCCACGACUCAACCGAGCUCUCUCUCAAAGCACGACACUGCCGAGCACCUCGAAUAGCAUAGCCGGAUCGAAUAACUACCAUCGGAACUCGUUAGAACGCGAAGGCAGAAAUAGUCCGGUCGCUGUGUUGGGAUUGAAUGGACUGAAAAACAUUGGCAACACAUGUUUUAUGAACUCAGUGAUACAGUGCCUAUCGAAUACUAGACUAUUACUCGAAUAUGUCAAAAACGACGGUUACUCGUCCGACAUUAAUACGAGCAUCUCAAGUAUGAAAGGGGCGUUAAUUAAAGCAUUCUCGCAAGUGAUCAAGGAGCUGUGGUCGGACGAAGCAUCGGAUCGCGUGGUCAACACCUUGACGUUGAAAUCGCAAAUUCAAAGGUUCGCGCCGAGGUUCAUGGGGUACUCGCAGCAGGACGCGCAGGAGUUCCUGCGCUACCUUCUCGAGGGUCUACACGAGGACGUUAACCGCGUGACGACGAAACCCGCGCCGAUCCUUACUGAGAUCGACGAGAAGCUGAGCGACGGAGAGAAGGCGUACGAAUCGUGGCAGCGCUAUCUCCGAAUGGACAAUUCGAAGGUCGUCGACAUCUUCGUCGGUCAGCUGAAGUCGACCCUGAAGUGCACGCACUGCGGCCACUGCUCCGUGACGUUCGAUCCCUUCUGGGACCUGUCCCUUUCGAUACCGCAGCGACCUUCCGGCUCGUUGCGCCUCCAGCAGUGCCUCGAUCACUUCACCAGGGAGGAGACGCUCGACGGCGACGAAAAGCCUGUAGGUACCUGCUCGAAGUGCAAGGAGAGGAGGAAGUGCACCAAAUCGUUCACAAUUCAGAAGUUUCCGAAGAUUUUGGUUAUACAUCUCAAACGGUUCUCGCCGACGGAACGGUUUCGUGGAAAACUAUCGAGCACAAUUGAUUUCCCCCUCGAGAAUCUCGACCUACGAAACUACGCCGCCGACAACAGCCCGUCGGAGUGCCGAUACAACUUGUACGCGAUCUCCAACCACAGCGGCACCACCUACAGCGGUCACUACACGGCGUACUGCCGCCACCCGUACUCGCAAACUUGGCACGAAUAUAACGAUUCGAGGGUCUCGAGCAUCUCGCCGAAGAUGUUGGUGAGCGGGGAAGCGUAUGUGCUAUUUUACGAGUUGGACAGUCAGAAGUCACGGCUAUAAGUAGAAAAUCACCAUAGAUCUUAUACACCUUAACCCCCCCCCCUUUUUUUUUAAUUAUUGAUGAUUGUUUCCCCCGUUUUUACAUUGCGAAAAGUCAACCCCUAAUUUAUUAUUGUAAAGAAAUUUUGAGUAUAUAUUUUAUGUGAUGGUCGCUAAUUAAAAGUAAAACAUUUUAAGUCAAACUUCUCAUUCUAGUCUCGCUUUACUUUUAUUUGGCGAUUUAGCUCUUUAUUAUACUAAUUCGGGUGUAUUGUACUUAACUCUUUCUCUGUAUUUACUUGUAAUUUAGGACAGAGUGCGUAAAUGAUUAGGUUCUCACUUUACACACCGUAAUGUAUAUACAGAAUUUUAACGAGUAGGACGAGGAGGAGGCUUGUGUUAGUCGAAUUAUUCUAAAGAAUACUCCAGCUUUAUAAACAAUGUUGAGCACUUACUAAUUUAUUAAAUUGUUUGCAAAAA